ACACACACACACACACAGCUGCGUCUUCUUCCACGAUGCCUGGGAUAGAUGUGGCAGGUCUGCGCCUCUCAUGCAUCGGAUCCCCCCGGUGGAAGUGACAUUUCCCCCCUCAGUGACAGCCUCUCUCACACACCGAGCCCCGCAGAGAUCCAUGGUCGCGGAUGCACCCUGCACACUAACCGGGGAUCUAUGGUGACUGACCGGGCCAUCGCUCCUCUCUCAUCGGGAAGGAUAUUUGGGGGUGGAUAAAGGGGGUUAAAGAUGGGGAGCACGACCUCUUGCUGUGUGUCUGGCAGCCCAAAGCUCCGCAGAAAUGCGCACUCCAGGCUGGAGUCCUACCACCAGGAGUCGGAUCAGAGCCCGGAGGAGACGGGAUGCAACCUGCAGCACAUCAGCGACAGGGAGAACGUCGACGAGAUGAAUAUGGAGUACAAUCCAUCGGACCAUCCGCGGGCCAGCACCAUAUUCCUCAGCAAAUCCCAGAACGAUGAGGUGCCUUGCAGGAACGUGCAAGAUAAACGGAAGAGCCUCUUCAUCAAUAAUCAUGGAACAUCGAAGCGGAAAUACAGCUCCUGCUCCACCAUCUUCCUCGAUGACAACACAGUCAGCCAGCCCAACCUCAAAUACACCAUCAAAUGUGUAGCAGUGGCGAUCUACUACCAUAUAAAAAACAGGGACACAGAAGGAGCGAUGCUGCUGGAUAUAUUUGACGAGAAGCUGCACCCUCUUUCAAAAACAGAGGUCCCCCCGGACUAUGACCAGAUUGACACGGAGCAGAAACAGAUCUACCGAUUUGUCCGGACGCUGUUCAGUGCCGCUCAGCUCACUGCAGAGUGUGCCAUCGUCACUCUGAUCUACCUGGAGCGGCUGCUGACCUACGCAGAGAUCGACAUCACUCCCGGGAACUGGAAGAGGAUCAUUCUCGGCGCCAUCCUGCUGGCCUCCAAGGUGUGGGACGACCAGGCCGUGUGGAACGUGGACUACUGCCAGAUCCUCAAAGACAUCACUGUGGAGGACAUGAACGAGUUGGAGCGGCACUUCCUGGAGCUGCUGCAGUUCAACAUCAACGUGCCGUCCAGUGUCUACGCCAAAUAUUACUUUGACCUGCGCUCGCUGUCAGAAACCAACAACCUGAGCUUCCCUCUGGAGCUGCUCAGCAGAGACAAGGCCCUGAAACUGGAGGCUAUCUCCCGGCUGUGUGAUGACCGGUACAAGGACAUUCGGAAAGCUGCCAAAAAACGCUCCUCCAGCACGGACAAUCUAUGUGGCAUCAAAUGGGUUCCUGCUAUCCUCUCCUAACCAAUAUGAAUCUGCCAUAAACUGAACACUGGCAUCAGGCUGCAGGAACACCGGCUGGGUGAAAACACUCACAAGAGGAAAUAUACCAACAUGCUUUAAGAACUAUACUUUGGAUUACAGAUAAUACCAAGACGGUGGGAUUUGGUUUUGCUUGAGUGGAGGCAAGAAAGUGGAACCACAUCUGUUGUUUUCUUGAGUUUUUCUCAGUGCCUCAACUCUCCUGAUAAUGAAAGAGAAGUUCCUGACUGUUAUAGUAUCUGUGGGAAACAUUUAUUUGGACCCACCUGGAAAGUCCUGGACUCAAAAAGCCUCAAAUUCUUCCUGGGACACGGCACUCUGUUCAGUUUUGUGUCCGGCCUAUUUUAAAAACAUUUGACAUAACCUGCCUUUGAGAAUGGCCGUGCAUAUUCACAACGAAGCAUACUAUUUAUUUGACUUUGAUUAUACGUGGACUUCUGCCUGAACCCAUAACACCUGCAGAGUUUCAGUAGUGUAGCACUGGACUUAUUAUUUAUUACUUAGAAUAAUUAAAGUGUUAGCAAGUUUUCUCCUUUGGCAAUAUGUAUAUUCAAGGUUUACAGUAUUUGUAGUGUACCUUCCGAUACUCAGGUAGUCCGUUUAAUCUAUUGUGAUGCUCCUCUAUAGGGUUGAAAGUGACAAAUUACAUAUUGUGGAGGGACAGAAUUAAUAUAAUCUUGUGAUAUUUUCCUAUUUUAGGGACAUUAAUAAUCAAACUACCACAUUUUCUUGGCCUGUAUAGCAAGAAAUAUAACCCGUUUUCCAGAGUUUCUGAUUCUGUACUCAUCAGACUCUGGUUAUAUAUUAAUAUGAUUAUUACAAGGCAGUUUCAGUCAAAGUCAAUUCAAAUUUAGAUGCCCAAUAUAAGCUUUGAAUAGAGUAAGCACACCUCACCGCUGACAUCUAGUGGACAUUUGCGGAUUUGAGAUUUGUUUUGUUUACCCAAAUACAAUUUUUAUAGCGGUAUGUAUUGGAAUUGAUAUUUAUACUAAUGCAGGGUGAUUUUGCACCUUACAAAUGUAUCAAGCACCAAAAUAUACUGUUACAUUAAAACACAGGACAGUGCGUUGUUUUCAAUUAUUCAGUAUUGUACAACUACAUAACCGUGCAUUACAUCUACACAGUACCUGGAAAGUUCACUUAUAUUGAAAGACUACAGUACAUCCAUGCAUGCAGUCUUGUCUGGAUAAGGUGGUUUCUCUAACUUUCCCAAUUGUUUUUUAAACACUUUCAAACAAAACUGCUCCAAUCCUUAUGUUCGUUUCACCAUUUAUUGCGAGGACACAGUCAAAAAUACAGUCCAAUCGGUGGUAGUACAAGUUAGAUGGCUGAUUGUGAUGAAAUAUGGUAGGAAAGUACGGUACAAAUUGCAAAAGAGUAUGCAGUAGAAAUGGGGAUAACAGAAAACGUUCACCACCAGACUCACCCCCUCUCUCUUCCAUGCAAAACCACAAGUGAUGAGUUAAAAAAAAAAACACAUAAUAAGAAAAUGUACCUCACAUUUGGUUCCUACACCUAAUAAUGCAUCAGGAUAAACAGGCAGAAAUAUUCCUUACUUCCUGAGACGUCCACAGUUAUCUGUUUUUUUUUACAAAUAUACAAACAUGGGCAAAGGAAUACUGUGGGUGUGAUGUGUAAUAUAAGACCGUAAAAUAUCACAAAUCCCAAAAUAAACUUCUCCCAUGUUUCCAGCCGGGGGGUUUAUUGUUGGUCACACAGUCGUUCAAUAACAGCCUGUAGUUGUCACAAAUAUAAACGUCCAUUAAUCUGCUUUCUUUAGUGUUUGACAACCAAUUAAUCAUGUUGCAAAUCCAUGGUGUCUGCCCUAAAAAAUUAAGAUUGUUAAGAUUACUAAAAUAAUAGAAAUAAGGCACUAUAGGGUGAACCACAAAGACUGCCUUUAAAGCCCAGAAUCACACACAUAUUGGACAACAUGUGAUAUUCUUAAUUCACUUUUGAACGAGGGUCAUUUUAUGAAACCCUAACUGCUGAGCCAAGUGUUGAAACUGGUAUUUUGUAAUUCCAUCGUACAUUUAUUUCCCUAUUGGCAAAUAUCUGAUCAGGUUUUCAUGUUUUCUUUCCCUCAUUUGUCUGAAAACUGAAGCACUAAAAUAUACUUAUUUUGCAAAUUAACUUUGUAUAACGUAUAAAGACUUGAAAAACUG